AUGACUGGUGUUAUUAGCAAUGAGCCUCUUGUGCCUCGGAACAGCUUGCAUGCGUUCUAUCGGGGCACACUCUUCAACUCGAUUCUCAUCGGUCUAGUCAGCUUUACACAACCGGGCAUAUGGGGUGCUCUAUCAAACCUUGGAGCCGGUGGGCUUGCGACUCCCUUUUUCGUCAACGCGGCAAAUGUCAUCACCUUCGCGAUCAUGAUUUUUAUGAGUCCACUGUGCGCCGUUCUGAGUAAUAGAUGGAGUUUGAAAUGGGUUCUGAUUUUUGGAACCCUUGGGUAUGCGCCUUAUUCGGCGGCAUUGUAUACGAACAGCGUCUACGGCACGCAGUGGUUUAUGCUGUUUGGAGCAGCGACCUGUGGCUUUUCUGCGGCAGCGCUUUGGGUCUCCGAGGCAGCAAUCGGUGUUGGAUAUCCUGAGGAACAUCGGAAAGGAACUUACAUUUCAAUAUGGUUCGCCCUGAACAAAAUCGGUUCAAUCGUGGCAACGUCAAUCGAACUCGCCCUGAACGUCCAAGGUGACCAAAAAGGAACCAUCAGCCCAGACACAUAUCUCAUCUUGAUCGCACUGCAGUGUCUGGGUCUCCCGCUCGCCUUCCUCGUCAGUCCGGUCAACAAGCUGAUCCGCAGCGAUGGCACACGACCCGUCCUGCCCCGUCGAACCACCCUAGCUGAAGGAUUCCGUGGCUUCUGGCGCGUCUGCAAAAGACCCGAGAUUGCUGCUCUCAUCCCUAUCUUUCUGACGAGUCAAUGGGCGCAAACAUACGAGGGCAAUUACCUAGCGACAUACUUUACCGUGCGCUCGCGAGCUCUCGCAGCGUUCGUCGUCACUUGGGUCGGAUUAGGCGUCAACAUCGCCUUCGGCUGGUUCCUGGACAGCAAACUUUUCGGUCGACGGUCGACGCGCGCGCGAGCUGGCUGGAUCCUGCUAAUCGCAUCAUAUACCGCCACCUAUGUGUACAAUCUCGUCGUGCAGGCCGAAUACGCACGCACGAACCCGACAUUCGAUAUCGGAUCGCCUGGCUAUGCUCGUGCGGUAGGCGUGUACUGCCUCUUCUUCGUCCCUUAUAAUGCCUUCGCCGUAUGGGGCUAUUGGGCUCUAGGAACCUUCGAUCGGAGUAUCGAGAAUUUGACAUUUUCGGCGGCGUUGCUUCGUGGGAGCGAGUCGCUGGCUAGCACAAUCUCGUAUGGGCUGGGCGCGUCGAAGGAUGUGUCGCUGUUAACGAAUCUUAUUGUCGCCGCGGCGUUGUUUUGGGCGUCCGUUCCGACCACAACUUGGAGUACGUGGCAGGUCAAGAAUGAAGAUGAAGUGCAGGAUGAGAUGGAAGAGACGGAGAGUACUGGUGAGAGUGGAGGUGAGAGCCAGGGUCAGACGGAAGGUGUUAGUGUGAUUGCGAAGGGAGCAGGGGUCUGA